AUGAGUUCGUCGAGAGGAGAUGCACUGCAUGCCGAUGCUAGCUACAUCUUGCAGUCACAACACAUAACUUCAGACGCACUUACCAUCCAAGAUGUUACUACUCUUCCAGAAUUGUUCAAAUGGCAGGCUCAGCGUCGAAAUGGCGAAACGCUAUUCACUUUUCGAAGCUCGCCAGACGCUGCCUUGACCACAGUCUCCUACGCCGAAGCAUACGAAAGAACCAGUCAACUUGCAGAGUCUCUCCACAGCUUUCAUUCAUCCUCUAGCAACGAGAACGAGAGCCCCGUAGUCGGUAUAUGGCUGGAAAGGUCCAUUGAGUUGCAUUUCGCUAUUCUAGCAACUACGAUAUCAGGUGCCACCUGGCUGCCAUUCGAUGCCGAUGUUCCUACAACUCGUGUCUCUGCAUGUUUGGAGGACAGUAAGGCGUGUAUCUUGCUCUGCGAUACGGUUCAUUACGACUCCGCUAUCAAAGCAACAGAGAAUCUUCCUGGAUGCCAGGUCAUCACUUUCGAUGCCUUGUCUAGACAAACACCAACUAGACGAGGAGCAGUCAAGGACGUUCGUGGUCCAAGUCCGCAUCAUACGGCAUACUUGAUCUAUACUUCUGGUAGCACUGGCACACCAAAAGGAAUCGAAAUCCCUCAUAGCGCCGCCCUCACAUUCUGCUUAAGUGAACGAUCAGUCCUAGAAACGAGACCCGAAGACAUCGUCUGGCAAGGAUUCAGCGCAGCGUUUGAUAUGUUCAUCGAGGAAGUGUGGGUCAGCAUAGCCGGCGGAGCACAACUCGCUAUCGGCAAUCGUUCCGAAUGUCAAGAUGUGCCAAGCCUUGGAGGUGCAGCAGGGGUCUGGACACAGCGUGGUGUCACAAUAGUUAAUGCUGUGCCUACGCUCAUCAAUAUCAUGACUUCGCUUGAUGAUGAUUGUCGUCUACCGACGUCUGUACGUCUGCUCAAUUUGGGUGGAGAAGCCUGUCCACCGGCUCUGGUCAAUCAUCUGUGGACUCCAAGCUUGCGCAUUUUCAAUACUUAUGGGCCUUCGGAAACGACAGUUACAGCUACAUUCCAGGAACUUUUCCCUAACGAGCCAGUGACAAUCGGCAAACCAUUGCCCAUGUACCACGCCAUGAUCCUACCCAUCCUUGAAGAUUCUCCAAAAGAAAAAGUGUGGUCACCAAUACCAUUUCAAGAAGGUACCGAAGGAGAACUUGCCAUCGGCGGUCCAUGUCUCGGCAAAGGCUACGUGCAACGACCAACCCUCACAGCGGAAAAGUUCAUCACUCACCCCCUCCACCCCAACGAACGACUCUAUCGAACCGGCGACCUUGUCCGCCUCGACAAAAACCACAACAUCGUCUACCUCGGCCGCAUCGACACCCAAGUCAAGCACCGCGGCUUCCGCAUCGAACUCGGCGAAAUCGAAAAUGCCAUCUCCUCUCAUCCCAAGGUGCAAACUACAGCCGUGAUCCUCUCCACAAGCACAGAUUGUCUCGAAGCAUACAUGGUCACCAAAGAUGACGAGAUUCUCGACACCAGAGAGCUACGGAAUACGAUUCGUCAUCUGCCAGCUUACAUGCAACCCGAAGGCUUUUGUUUCGUUCCCGCGAAAGAGAUGCCUCGUCUACCCAGCGGUAAAAUUAAUGCAAAAGCGCUGCAAGAGACUUCGGCACAGUUGGCCUUGGCGCAGAAAGAGGAACUUGGACAACAAGUUUAUGCUGGCACUUCUAUCCCGAAUGAUGGUUCGGACCUGAGUAUUCUGCUCCUGGCAAUGCUUGAGCUCUUCCCGCAAGCACCGAACAUUACAGCCUCUAGUGACUUUUUCCAUGACUUGGGAGGGCAUAGUUUACUUGCCGCUAAACUCGUUUCGAAGCUCCGGAAAGGAAGUCCCAAGGGUUCUUCAUUGAAGAAAUUAGGGUUGCAAGAUAUCUAUAUCUAUUGCACUGCCGAGAAGAUCGCGGCAAGCCUAGCUGAAGUCACGGAUACAGAUGGGAGAGAUUCUUUCUUCGAGAAAGCCGAUACGCUCAAUUCGCAAAUGAACGACCACUGGCCUGUCUCGCGACGCAGAUACGUUCUUUGCGGUAUAGCCCAAGCUAUUGCUCUCCUCCUUCUUUUCUUCAUCGAGGGCGUUACGUUCUUAGGCCCCUACCUCGUCUUCUUUGAAAUCCUCCAAGCCAUCGAUCUCGGGACCGCCGUCGCUGUCACUUAUUUCGUUUUCGUGUCCCUACCGCUUUUGAGGGCUCUGAUCGGUAUCGUCGGCAAAUGGAUCGUACUAGGAAAAGCGAAAGCAGGCGAAUAUCCUCUGUAUGGCGUCUAUUACUUCCGUUGGUGGCUGGCCGAUCAUCUAGUUGGACUCAUUGAUAUGGUGACCAUUGCCGAUUCGGCUCUUUUACCAGCUAUGAUGCGCUGCAUGGGGGCUCGCGUUGGAACGAAUUGCCAUCUGGGAGUUACCCAUAUCGGUGCGGCCUUUGAUCUUGUGUCUAUUGGCGACGAUGUCACAAUGGGCAAAGAUACAGUCCUGAGCACAAGCUGGGUUGAACGCGGCCGUCUCAUCCUCGCUCCUGUUAGUAUUGCCUCACAAGCCCACUUCGGCAGCAACUCGGUCAUGGAAGGCGAUUCGUAUAUCGAGGAAGGCGGCGAAUUGGGAUCUAUGAGUAUGUUAUCGCAAGGCUGUCAUGUACCUGCUGGAGAGCGAUGGAUUGGUUCUCCUGCACGCUUCCGAGAAUGCUCGACAGACAUAGGAGGCAUGCGAGCAUCUCGACCCAGCGAAUUCCGCGCUUCGGCCAUGAUACUAGCUAUGUCUCUAAGCUCCAUUUUCCUGCUCCCAAUCAUCGUAUUCGCGCCCCAGAUCCCCAGCAUGCUGCUCUUCGACUACAUCAACAUCCCCCGCAUGGGCUGGUGGGCGCAAACCGCCAUCGUUUCCGUCCCCGCGGCGCUCAUCUACAUGAUCCUCGUCUUCCUGGAGCUCAUCGUCCUCCGCUGGCUCGUUCUCGGCAAGGUCGUCGAGUGUUCGUACCGCACCACGUCCGUCUACUUCUUCCGCAAGUGGUUCGUAGACCGGCUGAUGGACAUGAGUCUCGCGAUCCUACACCCCGUCUACGCGACCCUCUACGUAGUCCCCUUCCUGCGCUCCCUGGGCGUCAAAAUCGGCCGCAGGGCAGAAGUAUCCACCGCCAGAGGUAUCAACUUCGAACUCACUGACAUCGGCGAAGAAUGCUUCAUCGCGGACGGCGUCUUCAUCGGCGACGGCGACGUGCGUCGCAACAUGGUAACCCUCAAGAAAACAAAACUCCACAAACGAGCUUUCCUAGGAAACGCCUCUUUAGUGCCCCAAGGCACCGAAAUGGCGUCCAAUACCCUCGUGGGCGUCCUAUCCUGCGCGCCAGAAAUCCCGCUCAAGGAGGGAGAGAGCUGUUUCGGAUCUCCUCCCGUCCUGAUGCCCUCCCGGCAGUGCGGGCGGGAAAAACACGCAGAUCACCUCCUGUACACACCCCGCGCCUCACAAGUCGCGCUCCGGCUCUUCAUCGAAGGGAUGCGUAUCGUCGUCCCACGCAUCAUCGUUACCUUUGGCCUCGGUUUCGGGGUGCAGGUCUUCGACGCCGGGUAUAACGCUAUCGGGAUCCUGCCCGCUAUUGUCCUCUUACCCUUUUUCUACUUUUUCUUCUUCGCCCUCCCCGCCCUCCUCGUAACACUAGCCUGCAAAUGGGCUCUCAUAGGCCACUACCGCCCCGCCUCCUGGCCGCUCUGGAGCCCCCGCGUCUGGCUCUCCGAAUUCGUAACCUCGACAUCCGAAACUCUCGCCCUCCCCCUGCUCCUCAAUCUCCUAACCGGUACGCCCUUCCUGCCCCUCACGUUCCGUCUCUUCGGCGUGCACGUAGGGAAACGCACUACUUUGCUGUCGAACGAUAUCACGGAAUUCGACAUGGUGACCCUGGGCGAUGAGGCGGUGGUGAAUAAGUUGGCGGGCCCCCAAACGCAUCUUUUUGAAGACAGGGUGAUGAAGAUUGGGAGGGUGGAGAUGGAGGAGCGGGCGGUGUUGAUGGCGUAUAGUAUUGCGUUGCCGGGGAGUCGGGUCGGGAGGGGGGCUAGGGUGGGGGCGUUGAGUUUGGUUAUGAAGGGGGAGAGUGUUCCGGAGGGGGAGGCGUGGGAGGGGGCGCCGAUUGGGAGGAGGAGGGUGGUGGUGGUGGGAGGGGGGAGUAAGGAGGUGGGGAGUGAGGGAUCGAUGCCAAGUAGUAGGGGGUCGAGUUAG